AUAAUAAUUUAUGCGCGAUGAGUGUAACAAAAUGGAAGGCAACAAAGACGAAGCAAAAAAAUGUCUCGAAAUAGCUCGGCGAUCAAAAGCCGAAGGAGACAAAGAAAAAGCCAAAAAGUUCCUGAAGAAGAGCUUGAAACUUUUUCCCUUCAAAGAAACCGAAAUAUUAAUUAAAGAAUUGGAGGAAGAAGAUAGUGGAACAGAUAGUCAAAUGAAUAAAUCAAUGCCAUGUCCCAAAGCAAAAGCUAAUCCACCAAGUGAGGAGAAAAAGAAGGCUGAAUACACCCCUGAGCAACUGGCUGAUGUUAAAAGGAUUAGUAAACUUAAAGAUUAUUAUGAAAUACUUGGUGUUACAAAAGAUGCGAGUGAUGGAGAGCUACGAAAAGCAUAUAAGAAGUUAGCAUUACAAUUUCAUCCAGACAAGAAUAAAGCACCAGGAAGUACUGAAGCAUUUAAAGCUAUUGGAAAUUCAUUUGCAAUCUUGAGCGACCCAGAAAAACGUAAAAAAUAUGAUUUGUACGGUCCAGAAUCUCUUGUAAACAAUCGUAAUCACAACAAUCAUUUUCAUCACAAUGAAUUUGAAGCUGAUAUCACUCCAGAGGACCUUUUCAAUAUGUUUUUUGGAGGAAUGGCUGGAAAUCAAGUGUUUAUACACAGAAGACAUCACCGUAGGCGGCAGCAUCACCAUGACGAAGAAGAUGGACAUCAUGAGAGUGGAAUUGGUAGCAUUUUUCAUCUCAUUCCAAUCUUAAUAUUUCUUGGUUUGUCAUUAAUAACAUCAUUGUUGAUCCAAGAUCCUCCGUACAGUUUUAGCAUUUCGGGGCCAUAUCGACUACAUCGAGUCACCAGUAAAUAUAAAAUUUCAUAUUAUGUCCAGAGGGACUUUACUAAUAAUUAUCAUGGAAAGUCGUUAGCUGAACUAGAGUACAAAAUAGAGAAGGAGUAUGUUGGAAGGAUUCGGUCUGCUUGUUAUAGACAACAGCAAACACGUGAGGAAUUACUAGCACGAGCAAGAUUUUGGAAUGAUGAAAAUCUUUACUAUCGUGCACAAAAGAUGUCAAUGGAAUCUUGCGAUGAACUAGAUCGGCUUCGUAAUAGGUGACACUAUACAACAGAUGAACACUGUUCAAUGUAAAAUGAUGGUUUAAUAUGUCAUCCUGUUAUCCUUCGGUAUUGUUUACAUAUGAUACAACAAAGGAUAUAAUUUCAAUGCAUUGUGUUAAUAUUUCGGGAUGAAUCUCAAACUUUAUUAUUGUGAUAAUUUAUCUGACUUUUUUUAAUAUUUUAAUGAGUCUUACGGAGGUGUGCGUUCAACUAACACUUGCUGCACAUAUAAAUUAUAUAGUGACUAACCUAAUUAAACUUGAGGUAAACAUUUCAUUAACAUCACACAAAGCAAGAAA